AACAAGUUACAGGAUACUUAAUGUUUUUGUUACCAAAGUGUGUUAGUGAAUUUGGUUUUUAAAUUAUUUUAAAGUAAAUAGUCAUGGAAAAUUUAAUUAAAAAAUAUUUUUUUGAAGACUUUACGUACAUUGAAAUAUGUAAUUUGUUAAAAAAAGAUCAUGAUAUUUCUAUAUCUUUAAGUACAUUGAAAAGAGAAAUAUCUUCUAUGGGUCUGAAAAGGAAAAAUAUAAAAGAAAGUGAUUUGGAGAACAUAUGUCUAGCUAUCAUAGCAGAGUUACAGUGUUCAGUAUACAAUCUUGGUUAUAGAUCACUUUGGAGCAAACUAAAAAAAAAUAUCUGACUGUGAAGAGGGAUAGAAUUUAUGAAUUUUUAAAAAUUAUAGAUCCAGAAGGUAUUGCAAGUAAAUAUGCUAGAAGAUUGCGUCGAAGAGAAUAUCUCAGUCCGGGUCCAAAAUUUAUUUGGCACUUGGAUGGCUACGAUAAGUUAAAACCAUUUGGAUUUUCAAUACAUGCUUGCAUUGACGGUUUUUCAAGGAACUUAAUGUGGUUGGAAGUUGGAACUACGAACAAGAAUCCAAAAGUCACAGCACAUUAUUUUCUAAAUACAGUAGAAAAAUAUAGAUGCCUUCCUACGAUUGUUAGAUCAGAUAAGGGUACUGAGAAUGUUUUAAUUGAAUCUCUGCAGAUCUGUCUAAGAGAACAUGAUGACAAGUUUGCUGGUGAAAUGAGUUACAUAAAAGGAAAAAGUGUACACAACCAACGGAUUGAAUCCUAUUGGAGACAAUUAAGAAACCAUUCAAUGGAUUUUUAUAUACAGUUUUUUAAAUGCAUGGCACAACAAAACUUGUUUAAUGGAAGUGACGUUCAAAAGAAGUGUUUGCAAUACUCGUUUGGUCCUCUCAUAAAAAAAGAUUUAGAAAUGACUAGAGAUCUUUGGAAUCAGCACAGGAUCAGGAAGCAACGAGAACAAAAUAAUAUUGGUGGGAGACCACACAUUUUGUAUAAUUUUCCAGAACAAUAUGACGCAGUUGAUUAUAGAAAAGGUAUUAAUGAAGCUAGUAUCAGAGAACUUAAAGAAUUGUUGACCACUAAACCAGAUAUAGUAGAUCCCUUUUUUAAAGAAGAAGUUGAACGCACACAAAGAAACGUAGAAGAACCAACAACUCCCGAACAGGCUUUGAAUUUAUACAUCAAUUUAGUCAACGCCUUUGAUACUGAAUAAACCAGAUUAGAAAAAGCAAAUCUUUUGUUGAUAACCGAUAACUGUACACCAGUUAUACUGGUUUUGUAGCAGGUUUUCCAUUCUAGUUGCAAAUACUUAGAGGUGCUGAAUCUAAUGCGCAUGCAGAUGUAGUUGCAAAUCACCUCUGCCUGAAGGAAUAGCUAACGCAAUAAAGCUUUUACCUGACUUUUUGAGUGAUGCACCUAUCUAUACUAGAGUAACUCCUUUGUCAAUGAGACCUGACUGUUCAAGCUGAAGUGAUUCUAUGAAUCAAUGGGUAUUGAUUUUUUUUUUAUCACACAUACUCAUGAAGGUCUACAUUUAUCUAUGGAAAAUGAGAGACUAUGAAAUGAAGUCCAAAUUGCGAGAAGACAAGCAAGUGAACGUUCACGUAGGUGUGUAUUAGGCAUUUAUUUAAUUUCUAUAUUUAUAGAAAGAUGAUUUAUAGAUGACAAAUUACAUGAUUAAAUACAGGAUAGAAGCUUUAGCAGCAGAACUGUUGUCAAGAGUACAAUCAGAUCAUACGGAAAGCGCGAAUCUUUAAAAAGCAAUGGAACAAGUAGAGGACUUCUUAUUCAAGAAGGUUACUCAAUCUUUGUUGUAAAUGGAGUACUUCCUCCCUGCAAACCCGAAGAGAUUAUUCCAAAGAACCCUAUAGUAAUGAAGCCAAAAGUAGACCAGCCAAAAGCCAGCACUGAAGAGGCGAGAUUUCCCUCAAAAGGUUACAGACUGGGUACGAAGGCCGAGGAAGAUGCGAAGAUCCUUCAGGCUGCACGAGCUCUAGAAAACGUCAUGGUAUCCUCGACCUCACGCGUCGACAGGGACCAGAAGUCGAGAUCUUAUCCGAAAUUCCAAGACAGCCUCGCGAAUGUGGCGAAUAGCAUAGAUGACGAGGAGGACGACGAUCUCAGAAAGGCAUUGCAGCUGAGCCUCGAGUACGUGACGGCACCGCCGACACCCGACCAGGAAGACGUGCGCUGGCACCGGCUGAACUACCUAAACAGAAUGAACUCGAGGGGCUCGACUUCCGAAGGCUCCACAAAAUUGAAUACUUAACAAACGGUUUUCGCUAUUUUGUUACUAAAUAAAUACCUUGUUACUUAUUUUGAAGCUUACUCUCUAUCUAUUUGUUCUUUACUGUAAAAUGUAAUUAUGACUAACCACCAGAAGACACACAAUACGUGGCGAAAGGGUAUUCUUGAGGAUCGACACACCUUAGGCGCAACAACGACAAUGUCUGUAAACUAUAACUGUAUAAUAAGAAAUAUAAGACUUCUUUUCAUUUAUUAAUAUGUGUAAAUACCAUAACGUUACUGUUAAUUUAAACAAGUUAGCUAUAGUGGUAAAUAUAUAAAGUAUAGAUGUCAUCGCAGUUUCACAGAUACAACAAUCAAUGUAAAAAUGUAUGUAAAUUUUUGUUGCAAUUGAAAAUUGUAAAUAAA